UUAGAGGCCGCUAACGGUUUGUUGGACCUGUAACUGCGGCUCCUCUGCAGUCGUUAGCUUGUCCGUCUUGUUGUUAGGCAGGUUGUCAGGGACAGCGCACUAGCCCAGUUAGCUAACAGGGGAUUAAGGGACUUUGGUUAAUGAUGACACAUUUAUUUAUCAAAGAAGACGACGGGCGUCAUACCUGCUUUUUCUCUCGGAGCUGCCCUUUUUCUUUGGGUAAAAACAGCAGAGACGACAGCGUUGAUUUUUAUCGAGGUUUGCAGUGGGGUUUGCACCGUAGCUAGCUAGCUAACGUUAUCAGGCAGAGGUAAACUGAUAGACUUUGGUAGUAACGUAACGUAACGUAACAUAAAUAGAUAUCCCCAUAUUUCCAUUGCGAUUGGUUUGCAGUUUGCGUUUGACGCGAAAAUGGAAGACGCUCAAGAAAAUUUAAUGGAGCAGGAAGAAUCUGACGGCAGCGACAAACCAUCAUCGUCGCCCUACAAUUCCCCUUUUCGCUCCACUCGACUACACAUCCAGAGAAGUAAUGUUUGCUCUCGGGCUUAUUUCGUGGUGGUCAUGGUGUUCUUCCAUGUGUACAUCCUGAAUGUCAUCGCCCUGCUGCUCUACGUGCACUACAACAACGGACCCGGGGAUCUUGUCACUGGAGACGAUGCCUCCUCAGCAUCAGUCAGCAAGAGUGGGAGCGCUUUGCCCCAUCCUCCCCCAGCUCCAAGGGAGCUACAUGUGGAGGACUACAGUCAAAGUUUCAGCCUUCCUCGCAUUGAGGGGAUACGGGUGGGACAUGUUCAGCAGGUGUCCCUUGGGCCAGACAGAACAUAUGAGAUGAAGACACUAAGCUUAAAACCUCUGUUAUUUGAGAUCCCUGGAUUCCUGUCUGAAGAAGAGUGCCGUGUGGUGGUGCAGCUGGCUCAGCUCAAGGGUCUGAUGGAGAGCCAGACACCAGCACCCAGCCAAGGACAAGAGGAGUCAAACCAGCCAAUACUUUCUCUCAGCACAGAGGAGGUCUUCAGUCUGUUGGACCUAAACCAGGACGGGCUGCUGCAGAAGCAGGAGAUUGUGAGUCACUCACGUUCUCGAGAUGGAACUUGGUUGAGCCCAGACAACUUACGCCAGAUACUCACUGUUCUGGAAGCUCGCCCAACAGGAAUGCUGACCUUGGAGGACUUUAGGCUUGUUUAUGAUGUGUCCCAACGCCCAGGACAACAGCCAAUUGGGAAGCUCCGGAGUCAGUUCAAACAGAGAAGCAAACAUUCAUGGCUUUACCAGGGCCUGGGAUCCCACCAUGUGCUGCAAACACUCAGGAACAGAGUGAUCAGUCUGACACGUCUGCCCUCUGCAUUGGUUGAACUGAGUGAGCCACUGCAGGUGAUUCGCUAUGAGCACGGAGACUUCAGUAAUGCCCACCAUGAUAGCAGCCCUUCUCAUUCAGAGACUACCUGUGCACACACACGCCUGGCAGGAAACACUUCUGCUCUCACAGAGGUCUCUUGCAGGUAUCUUACGGUUUCAUUCUACCUCAGCUCUGCAGAGGAAGGUGGUGAGACCACCUUUCCUGUGGCAGACAAUCGUACCUAUGAAGAGCAGGCACUCGUCCAGGAUGGGGUCGAUUUGACAGACACCCAGAAGACAUGUGGCAAAGGGAACCUGAGAAUAAAACCUACUGUCGGGACAGCACUCCUCUGGUACAACCAUCUCUCUGAUGGUAGAGGUUGGAUGGGCGAGCUUGAUGAGUAUUCCCUGCAUGGUGACUGCCCAGUCAGGCGAGGGGUGAAGUGGUUGGCCAACAGCUGGGUAAAUGUGGACCCAGAUCAUCAGAUGCAGGGCCGCUACCAGAGACUAGUUGCUCAGAGGCAUCGAGCUAAGUCGGCCAUGGAGGAGCAUUAUCAACCUCUCUCACACAGUGACCUCCACCAGGAUCUAUAGCCAGGGCUCUUUAAUGAUAAGGCAAAACAACCAUCAUUUUAAAACUGAGUCAGUCUUGCAUCUGUGAAGCCAACGAGGCCUGACAGACCUUUCCACAGUGUCAGAGGCUGUAGUUGAAAUGAAAAUUGCACAAAAUAGCAUCCCAGAUAUUUUCUUUUUUCAGUAAAUCAGCCUUGUGUUAUAUUAUGUCUGUCAAGCCAUUGCUUGGAUAUCCGCACAUACUCAAGUCAAUCUUAUUAGGAAAGUUUGGUGAACUUUUAACAUAGAUUUUAAUAAAGAAAUAUGGUGGACAGAUGAAUUGGUUUCCGCACAAUUCAUUUAAUAUACGUAAGUAACAAAUGUAUAAGAAUUUAACAGAGUGAAUGCCAUUCUCUAUUAAAUUGCGCCUUAAUGAAAAUAUCACUUAUUCAGACUAAAAGAUAUCUAUGGAUUCUGUGAUGUGAGAUGGAAAAGUUGCAGUCAUAUGUAAGAGAUGAGCCUGCUUUUGGUUUCCAUUUUGGUUUAUUAGGCAUCUUACCCUGUUCAAGGUCAGUGUUAUUUAUUGUUAUAGAAUCACAGCCUGUUGUUAAAAGCCAUAUCAAGAUACUCAUCUGUGAAUGUGUCCCUGAGGGUUAUUUCUGUGAGAUGAUGUAUGUUUGUUCUGUUCUCCAGGUUUUUUUUUCCAGAGUUAAUGAGCUUUUGUCAUGAUUUGUUAUUUAAUGGGUUUUCCACACGUACUGCAAAUGCAGGACUUGUCUAAACUUCUUAUCCUCACAAGUCGAAAAUAUUGAAUUGUUUGAGAGUAUUUAUUUGAGUGUUAUUUAUUCCCACCAUUUGGUGAUUUAAAUUAAAGGAAAGCAUAUUUAUUACAGCUUGAUGUUGCACUGAUU